UUGAAAACUCAGACAGCGUGGAUCUCGUUUUUUCUUUUUCAUUUCUCUCUCCGUCCUCCCACUUCCUUGGCUUCUUUAUUCAUUUUGACUCGUUUGCUCACAUGGCAGCUUACCUAAUUAACUACACAACCUCACGUCUCUCUCUCUUUCUCUGGAACAAACCAGUUCAUCAAACAUUUCGUUUUCAAUUUCAAUGUUUUUUGCUGCUCUGCUCUACAAUUCUUCCUCUAUUUAAGCUUGUAGCAACAUAGAUCUCCGUACUUGAAAUUCUUCGAAGCGAAAAUGAGAAGUUUUAGCUUCUUCCAGAAGGUUUCUAGAGCUUUCCACGAUUAUCCUUCGCUUUCGCAUCUAAUUGUCGUCUCCACUGUCAGUGGUGGGAGCCUUAUAGCUUAUUCAGAUGCAGCUUAUUCAGAUUCAAAUACACCUACUGGCCGCCAUGUGGUUGCUGCUGAUGAAGGUGAAACCAAGAAAAGGAAGGUUGUGGUGCUUGGAAGUGGCUGGGCUGGAACUAGUUUCUUGAGGAACUUAAACAGUCCUUCAUAUGAAGUUCAGGUUAUAUCACCUCGUAAUUACUUUGCAUUCACCCCUUUGCUGCCUAGUGUUACAUGUGGUACAGUGGAAGCUCGAAGCAUUGUUGAACCAAUUCGGAACAUUGUCAAGAAGAAAAAUGUUGAUGUUAGUUACUGGGAAGCUGAGUGUGUCAAGAUUGAUGAACAGAACAAGAAAGUUUAUUGUCAAUCUAAGCAAGGCAUGGAUUCGAAUGGGAAAAAAGAAUUUGCUGUGGACUAUGAUUAUCUUAUCAUUGCAAUUGGAGCUCAGUCUAACACAUUCAAUAUUCCUGGCGUGGAGGAGAAUUGCCAUUUCUUAAAGGAAGUUGAAGAUGCACAGGAAAUUCGUAGAACUGUUAUUGAUUCUUUUGAGAAGGCAAGCUUACCAGAACUAAGUGAUGACGAGAGAAAGAAGAUUCUUCAUUUCGUGGUUGUUGGGGGAGGCCCGACAGGCGUGGAGUUUGCUGCAGAGCUUCAUGAUUUUGUCAAUGAGGAUUUGGUUAACCUCUAUCCGAUGGUUAAGGAUUUAGCUAGGAUAACAAUUCUCGAGGCAGCUGAUCAUAUUUUGAGCAUGUUUGACAAAAGAAUCACAGAUUUUGCUGAACAGAAGUUCAAAAGAGAUGGUAUUGACGUGAAGUUAGGCUCCAUGGUGGUUAAGGUGACUGAUAAGGAAAUUUCUGCUAAAACGAAAGGAAAUGGGGAGCUAUCUUCUAUACCAUACGGAAUGAUUGUCUGGUCAACUGGUAUUGGAACCCGCCCAGUAAUUAAAGAUUUUAUGAAGCAAAUUGGUCAGGGGAGUAGACGGGUUUUAGCAACUGACGAAUGGCUACGAGUAGAAGGAACUGAUAGCAUUUAUGCACUUGGCGACUGUGCAACAAUUAACCAACGCAGAGUCAUGGAAGAUAUUUCCGCAAUAUUUAGCAAGGCAGACAAAGACAAGUCUGGAACACUCACGGUGAAAGAGUUUCAAGAAGUCAUUGAUGAUAUUUGUGAAAGAUACCCUCAAGUGGAGCUUUACUUGAAGAACAAGCCCAUGAGGGAUAUCACUGAUCUUUUAAAGGAAGCAAAAGGGGAUGUUGCAAAAGAAUCUAUUGAGUUGAACAUCGAAGAAUUUAAAUCAGCUCUUUCUCAAGUUGAUUAUGAGAUGAAGCAUCUUCCAGCCACAGCACAGGUUGCAGCUCAGCAAGGUGUCUACCUUGCUAGAUGUUUCAACCGAAUGGAGGAGUGUGAAAAAAAUCCGGAAGGUCCUUUAAGGUUCAGGGGAGAAGGUCGCCAUCGGUUUCAUCCCUUCAGGUACAAGCAUCUUGGACAAUUUGCUCCAUUAGGAGGAGAGCAAACAGCAGCGCAGCUUCCUGGAGAUUGGAUUUCGAUUGGCCGCAGUACGCAGUGGCUUUGGUAUUCUGUCUAUGCGAGCAAGCAAGUGAGCUGGCGCACAAGAGCAUUAGUGAUCUCAGAUUGGACAAGGCGUUUUAUCUUCGGGAGGGAUUCAAGUCGAAUUUGAGCCAAAUAAAGCCUUUACAGUGAGUUACACACCCAAUAUAGUUUACCUCCUUUUUUUAUUUUUGGAAAA